GGCGCGCGCGGCGUCCGCCCGGCCUCCACCCACAUCCCCAAGCCCUGCUCCCCGAGCGCUUGGGACCCGCGCUGCUCCCCUCCUGCGCCACCCCGCGGCGCGCCCUCGGCGCCGCCUUCGGCCGGCUCCCCACUCGCCGCAGACCCCUCGCCCUCGAGCCCACGCCUCGCUCCCGCCUCCGCACGCGGCCCGCGGCCCUCUCCCCGCCCCGCCCCGCAUCCCGGCGCUUCCCCCCGCCGCUCCUGCUCCUCUCCCCCGGUUUCCCCCAGCGACGCUUCCCCACCAGGCCCCAGCCCCGGUCCCUCGCUGCACCGCGGUCCCGGGCUCACCCUCCAGGGUCUUUCUCCUGAGCUCCCAGGGAGGGAGCCAGCGGUGGAGCAGGACAGCUGUGCUCACCCCAAAGCAGAACUUCAUCCAGGAGGAAGGAGGCCGUUAGGCCACCCCUAUGUGACAAGGGCUGCGCCUGCAGAAAGCAGCAGCUCCCUGCCCUGUCAUCCAGGGAAUCCCUUCUGGCCGCCCUAUGACCCAGCUCUCUGCUACCAUGAACAGGGCCCCCCUGAAGCGCUCCAGGAUCCUGCACAUGGCGCUGAACGGUGCCCCCGACCCCUCUGGAGAGGCCGAGGCAGGCAGCGGGGAGAAGCCCUUUCUGCUGCGGGCACUGCAGAUCGCUCUGGUGGUCUCUCUCUACUGGGUCACUUCCAUCUCCAUGGUGUUCCUCAACAAGUACCUGCUGGACAGCCCCUCCCUGCGGCUGGACGCCCCCAUUUUCGUCACCUUCUACCAGUGCCUGGUGACCACGCUGCUAUGCAAGGGCCUCAGCACGUUGGCCACCUGCUGCCCUGGUGCUGUGGACUUCCCCACGCUGCGCCUGGACCUCAGGGUGGCUCGCAGCGUCCUGCCACUGUCGGUGGUCUUCAUCGGCAUGAUCACCUUCAAUAACCUCUGCCUCAAGUAUGUAGGGGUGGCCUUCUACAACGUGGGCCGCUCUCUCACCACUGUCUUCAACGUGCUGCUCUCCUACGUGCUGCUCAAGCAGACCACCUCCCUCUAUGCCCUGCUCACCUGCAGCAUCAUCAUCGGUGGCUUCUGGCUGGGUGUGGACCAGGAGGAGGCCGAGGGCACCCUGUCCUUUGUGGGCACCGUCUUUGGGGUGCUGGCCAGCCUGUGUGUCUCGCUGAACGCCAUCUACACCAAGAAGGUGCUCCCGGCGGUGGACGGCAGCAUCUGGCGCCUGACCUUCUACAACAACGUCAACGCCUGCGCCCUCUUCCUGCCCCUGCUCCUGCUGCUCGGGGAGCAUCAGGCCCUCCUGGACUUCGCGCAGCUGGACAGCGCCCACUUCUGGGGGAUGAUGACGCUGGGCGGCCUGUUCGGCUUCGCCAUCGGCUACGUGACCGGGCUGCAGAUCAAGUUCACCAGUCCCCUGACCCACAACGUGUCGGGCACAGCCAAGGCCUGCGCCCAGACGGUGCUAGCCGUGCUCUACUUCGAAGAAACCAAGAGCUUCCUCUGGUGGACCAGCAACGCCAUGGUGCUGGGCGGCUCCUCCGCCUACACCUGGGUCCGGGGCUGGGAGAUGAAGAGUCAGGAGGACCCCGGCCCCAGAGAGGGCGAGAAGAGCACCGUGGGGGUGUGAGCCUCCUCAGGGACCUGCGGCCACCAGCCCCAAGGGUGAAGUCGGGGCUGGGACGGCACCGAAGGCUUCCCUGCGGACCCCAGGGUGCAGUGGGCAUUGUUUACAGACCAGAUCAGAAUAUGGGGCUGAAAAGGAGCCAGUGUUCCAAGUAGAUCAGAAAGUUGCCAAACCUGUCCCCACCCCUGUCCUAUUUAUGGACACCAUACUGAGGGGAGCACCCUGCCCGUCCCCCACCAGGUCCUCUACCUCCACGUCACCCCUGGGGUUGGACAGGGCUGCCACCUCAAGGGUAGUAUUGGUGAAGUGAAGUCUCACUGGUACUCAAGGGAGAUGGCGUGACCCCAACAGCCAGCCAAAGCUAGUCGGUCACCUCACAUCUCCCAGGCCCUGGGCAGGAGGGUAGCGCUGGCCCCGCAAACCAGCCUGUGUUGGGAGGUUGUGGGGAUGAGCCCAGGGGGGAGUGGACCAGUGCACCCCAUUCUCUGUGCUGAAAGCAGCAAGCCACGAAAGCAGGUGAAGGGUCACCUGUGCCUGUGCCUGACCCUGGGAAUGGGCUGGGUCUUGAGAAAGCGCCCACCUCUGUGCCCAGGCUUUGCAGCUUUGGAACGUGAGGGAACCACAUGUCUCUUUCAGGUUAAGUGGAGACAUGAACAGCUCCCUCGGUCCCUGGGCUGAGAUGAACCUGCCUGAGACCUCUGCCCUGGGAGGGCCACUCUGGUCUCCGAGCAUCUGGCACAGGUACCUGGCUGAAGUGACAGUCUUCUGGAAGCCACUUCUGCCUCCCCCAACGCCUCCAUCCCCGGGAGGGGCAGCGGGGCCAGAGGGGAAGCUUCUGCACAGGCUGCUGCCCCUCCCUGCUCUGAGCCUCUCCGUCAUGAAAAGAUCAGCACAUACACAUUCUCCCCUGAGGUCCUCAGGUCCUGAGUUCGGGGUUCACAGAACUUCCUGUCCCUGCCUUGGUCCCCGGGACUCCUACAACAGCACGUCACAAGAGGCAGCUGAGGAACGGCAGGAGCUGAGUCCUCAGUCCUGGAGGUGGGCAAGUUCAAGAUAAGGCCGGGCGCCACAAAGUCAGUGUCCCUGGUCGGAGGUGGCACCCCUGGCAUAGUGGGGGCACGGGCAAGCCCCCUUGGCCUCUAGUCCUGUACCGGGGGCUGGGCCCCGCCACCUAGGGCCUCUGCACAAACCACCAGACCAGAGGGGGCCCCUCGCCACAGCCUCAGGGUUCCUUGCACUGCCCUGUCCCUUCCACUGGACAUUCGCACCUCGCGCCUCCUGGGGUGGUAUCUGGUGUCGUGGGAACAGCAGCGGAAGGCCAGCGUCCCCUCCAGCCCCCACGUCCCAGGCGGUUCUCAUGAAGUUGGUGGGCCGUCACCCCAGGCUCUGGGCGCUUUAAUAAAAAGCCAGCGAAAGCCCCCCUGUGUGUGCACCGAGGGCGAGGCCACACGUCCCCAAGGAGACUUGGGAGCAUGGCCCUGGGAACAAAAGCUCUUAGGACAAGGGGUGGGUCCAGAUCCAGGGUUCCUUGGCUCCUUCCUGGGAGGUGCGGGGCCAAUGGCUGCUGCCUGGGGCUCUGCUUCCGUCACUCAUCUUCGGUGCUCCCCUACCCAAGGUGCAGGCCAUCUGCCCCCCAUUUUACACACGAGGACACUGAGGCUCAGAGGGUCACAGGAAGGAGGAGGCAACAGGAUUCAGAGGGGGGCUCCGCUUUCCAUAGUGCUGAGCUGCGACCCAGCACCUACUGUCUCCCUGACCCCCGCCCAAGUCUAUUGAAUCCGCGGGUCAGGGCUGACCUGUGACUUGCUCAACAGAAAACGGAUCACUCAGCUUCUAAGGCCUUCGUUAAGCCCAGAGCUUCCACUGCUGCCUGCUUCCCACCUGAGGUCAGCGGCCCCUCCCCCACAGAUGAACACAGCCACGCAAACUCCGUAGGUGAGACCAGCAGAGGGACCAGCCAGUCAGCCACAGAACCUGAAGAAAUCGUCGUAAGCCUCUAGAUUCUGGGGUUUUUUGCAGCAGUAGUUAACUAAUCCGUAGGUGGGACAGAGUUCUGUGAAGGAGACAGGUUUCAGAAGGGCAGGAGCCAGCAUCCUGUGGCCGGCAGCAGCAGGAGUUCACAGACCUCCAGCCGGAGCACCCAAGAAUCCCCACAGCUCACUUGCAAGGUCAUCCCAGCCCCUGAAGGGCAAGGCACCCCACUUCCGGGCAAGGACAGACCAUUGCUGGAGGGUCUAUGGGUAGGCCCCAGCAGCCCCCACGACCCUGGAGUGUUCCUUGUGGUGGACACUGAUGGGUGAGAAAUUGUGACCCAAAACAUUUCGAUUUUUUUUCCUGAUUUGAUAUUUCUUUGUCCAGAAAAUGCUGUUUGGUUUUGAAUUUGCCCGAGCCCUUUAUUCUGAAUUGAGGAAACUAAGGUAUAAAAAGGUUAAAAGAAUGGGCUGGGGAUGUGGCUCAAGCGGUAGCGCGCUCGCCUGGCAUGCGUGCGGCCCGGGUUCGAUACUCAGCACCACAUACCAACAAAGAUGUUGUGUCCGCCGAGAACUAAAAAUAAAUAAAUUAAAAAAAAAAAAAAGGUUAAAAGAAGUUUCUGAGGUCACAAAGCAAAUGACUGGCUGAGCCCAAAGUAGAACAUGUGUCUCUAAGAUGCUGUGUUUGCUCAAGGUCACGUGGCUGAUUGGCUUUGAGUUAUUAUUUUUUUUUUAAUAUUUACUUUUUAGUUUUUUAGGUGGACACAAUGUCUUUAUUUUAUUUUAAUGUGGUGCUGAGGAUCGAACCCAGUGCUUCAUGCAUGCCAGAGUGAUCGUUCCUAUUCCAGAGCUCAGUGCAGUGAUUGGAUGAGAUUUGCAUGUUGUAUGUGUGGCAAAGGAUCUGGGACACAACAGCAGAUAUGAUCUCUAGAUGGAAGUUCACAGCAGAAAGAACGAUGAGGCUCGGUCCCUGAGGCUAUGUGGACCUGCGGAUCCAGCCUGAGACCUGCCAGAGUAGCUUCCAGCCUCCUGGGUGGGAGAGCCGUGCUGGCAGGAGCUAGAGAUGCCUGGGCACUAUUGCUGCAUCCUUUCCAGCCACCCUCGACCACUAAAUGCCUCUCCGCUGCCUCCCUCCUUUGUCAGUCUCAGGAGAGAUGAAACUAUUUAUCACAGCAGAACAUUCCUAAUGAAAACACGCAGUGGGACAACUAGUGAUAUCCAUGAGAACCAGCUGGAUGGAGACUGCAAUGGAGUGGACAGUUCUACACAAGGGAACCACUGCUCAGCUCCCAUCGGGUCUGCCACUUGGGCAUGUGGGUCUUGUCUUGGUCCAUUUUGUGUUGCUAUAACAAAAUGCCUGAUAUUGGAUAAUAUGUAAAGAAAAGAGGUUCAUUUGGCUCAUGAGUCUGGGGGCUGGGAAGGUCCAAUAGCAUGGAAUCUGGAAAGGGUUUCCUGGCUAUGUCACAACAUGGUAGAUGGCAUCACAUGUGAGAGUGGCCUGGUGUAAGAGGUCACACAAUCAGGGAAGAAACAAGAGACCCAGGAGGCCAGGCUUCUUCUUUUAUAACAACUCCCUCUUGUGGGGACUGACCUACUCCUGCCAGACCUGGCCCACUCUGGAGACCAGCAUUAACCCCUUCAGGAGUGCAGUCGCAAUCCCAGUCACCUUCUGCGAGACCCUGCCUCCCAAGGGUCCCACCACCUUUUGGUAUCAUUUGGGGACGAGCAUUUUGCGGGGGGGAACCAUGUCCAAACCAUAGCAGAUCUAUUUUGCUAGAACUUCUCGUUUUUCAAGAGGAACCAGAGACCUGAAACUUUCUGUGCAGUCUCCUGAUUUUUUAAAAUAAAUUUUAGGUGAACA